CAGUGCUUGACAAGCCACACUCGGCAGGUUGUGUGCUGGUGAGAAGCGCGACAUAAUCGUGCAAUAGAGCGAACUAGAAGCAAAAUUGAAUUGUUUUUAGUGAUUGUGUCUACUAAAUUACAAUUUGAGUGUUGGAAAGGUGUUAAAAUCCCGAUUUAGUAGCAUUUCCUCGCACUGUUUUGCUUAUUGGCGCGGUAAGCAGCACCUUUGCUUGACAGCUGUUACCUGUGUGCGUGUGCUUGUGCUUGUGUGUACGUUCGUAUCGCGUUGGAAUCACGUCGCUGCUGGCUGCUAGCUUGUUGGCUGCGUAUAUUUAUCGUGUGAACGGUAGCAUAAAGGACGUCCAAAUACUCUGUGCCCUUUUCGGUGCAUCACACCCUCACACAAAACUUCCCCCUCGGUGAAAACAGUCCACACUACUCCCCUUACUCAGAAUGGGCGGGAAGCGAACGAAAGGAAACACCAAGCCGUCGAGCAGUGGGCGCAGUGCGGAACUGCUCGGCACCUCCGUGCCGACGCUGUUCGGGUUUGCCGCGCUGGACAGCACGAGCAUGCCGGUCGUGCCCGGGUUUGUGCAGAUCGACCCCAACCACAGCGUCGACGAGCUGGACCCGAACCUGGACGAUACGCUGCAGAUCGUGCUGCGCAAGAUGCUGAAGAAGGAUCCGACCACCAAGACGAAGGCACUGCUCGAGUUCACCGAGCUGAUGAACGGGGCCGACCUGGAGGUGGUGAAAGCGGUGCUGCCCUUUUGGCCCCGCCUGUUCGUCAACCUGUCGACCGAUGCGGAGCACCGGGUGCGGGAAACGACGCAGCAGGCGCAGGCAGCGAUCGUUCGCCGGGCCGGUAAGAAGAUUGCCCCGUUCCUGAAGCAGCUGGCGCCGGCCUGGAUCUCGUCCCAGUACGAUACGUACGCACCGGCCGCCAGUACCGCGCUGCAGUCGUUCAGCAGCGCCUUUCCGCCGGGCAAGGUGAGCGAGGUGUUUGUGUUUUGCGAGCAGGAAAUACUGGACUACUACACGAAGAACCUGACCAUCCACACGGCCAUCACGCUGAGCAAUCCGAAAUCGCACACACCGGAAGAGUGUGAAAACAAGUACCAGCGCGUGCUCAUAUCCAGCCUGCGCGGGUACGCACUCUACCUGAGCCGCAUUCCGCCGGAGAAUCUGCAAAAGUCGGCCGACAAGAAUGCGGAGCUGCUGAAAAGUCCCAAAUUCUGGACGUACCACAAGCACAAAACGGCCGCAAUUCGGGCGGCCUGGUUCGAGGUGAUCUCUGCGCUGCUCCAACACGCCCCCUUCCUGGUGGACCAGCACCAGGCGCAGAUAACGACGAGCGUGUUCCAGUUUCUGGACGAAACCGACCCAACCGUCGUGACGCACGUGUGGAGCUCGAUCGUGCUGAUCCAGGCGCAUCUGGCCGGCUGGCACACGCACCUCAACUUCGACAAGGCCGUGUUUCCGAAGCUGUGGAAGCUGCUGAGAAGUGGCGGUGGUGGCAAUGCGGCCUGCGUCUACCCCCACAUGCUGCCGCUGGUGUCGGGCUUUACGCGCGACGUGCUCGGCGACGAGCGGUUGGCCAAAUUCUACAGCCUCUUCUUCGAAAGCAUGAACGAAGGCCUGAAGGCGGUACAGUCGAGCCGGGCGGACGUGACGGCCGUUUCGCAGGCGUACUACGAAUCGUUCCAGUACGUGGUGCUGCAAGCCGUGCGGGACGAAGCGAUGGCGGAAGCGGCCCGGGAAGAGUUUUGUAUGAAUCUGCUCGAGCAGCAUCUGGUGGGGGUGAUUGCGUGGUGCAUUACGAGUGAAGCGGCCUGCGGGAAGUACGUGUUUCAGAGUAUGGCCAACCUGCUGGACCACUGGUGUCAGCACAGUGCGACGCAUCCGCUGUACGUGCGGCUGCUGGUGACGUUCUGGGAGCGGCUGUACGGGGUGGUAAAGGAAAGCGUGGACUGCAAGGACAAUUCGGCGAGCAUAACGGAUGCGCACGUGGAUUUGGUGCAGAAUCUGCGCCGUACGUCGCACAAGCGGGUGAAAUUUGCGGUGGAAAACCCGAACGCGGAGGAUGCGGUGGACGGUGGCAGCUGUCCGCUGACCAGCGGGGAUCAUGCGAAUCGGUUCGAAAACCAGCUGCAGCUGCUCGUGUACCGCAUCUGCCAGCUGUACAUUGCUAAGAUCAGCGUCGAGCGGGACGAUGGGUACGUGCUGCAGCUGGAGUAUCUGGUGCGAGCGUUCCAGGGCCGGGAGCUGUUCGUGUUUCUGGCCCACGACAGUGAAAACAUCAAGUGUCUGUUCGAUACGUUCGCCCGAUGGCUGCAGGAUGCUAAGCUGCAGUCGGAGUACGUGGUGGAGCUGAUCAUGAUCCUGUACAAGUAUCUCGAUGCGGACGAACGGGCAGCGCUGCUAAACAAAUGGAUAAAGAUGGCCAACAAAACCGUUCAAAGCUGGAUCAUCCUGCGCGCGCUCAGCCAUCCACUGUGCCAGGAGCCAAACAUAAAGCAGUUCCUCUCGCAGCCCGAGGUAUCGAGCAACAUUAUCGAAUGUGCGGUUGGUGUCGCAAACGGCAACACGAAGGACAACAUGAUACUGCUGCAGAAAUGCUUCUUCGUGGCCAGCAAUGGCGAGAUAUUGAUUGACGCGGAAACAUGCAGGAAAAUCAUUGACACCGUCACGUAUCCCCUGCGAGACGCAUCCAAGCAAGAGCUGCACGACGGUUGCAUAAGCUUUCUCGCCCAAAUCAUGCCCGUCAUCUGCAGCGACGGCAGGCUGACCGAAUUGCACCGGGCACUGUUCGGUACGCUGUUCGAUUUCAGCGUCCACAACGUGGUCAGUGAGCAUCUGUCCGAGGAUACGCUGUGGGAGGCAACGACCGCCUGGCAGGAUGCACUGUCCGGCGAAGACAUCGAGCUCGACGGGCAGCUGCUCGUGCGGUGCGUAAACACGAUCGACGAACGGCUGGCCGCUCUAGCCGGCAGGACGGAUCAGGCGGACAUACUGGUGCUGCUGGAGAGGGUAGCCGAACUUACGGCCAAAUUAAUUGCCUGUGCCACGGAAUCGCACAAACACGACCGGCCCAAACGUUGCCAACAGGUUGACGCGAUGCUGAGGGAACUGUUCGAAAGGCGCACGGUGGAGCUGCAGCGUCAAACGGACGAAACGGCCCAUCUGGCGGAGUACACCGAGCUGCUCCAGGGACGGCUGAUAACGAAACAGUCGCGACUGUCCACAUCUCCCGCACUGUCCAACGAACAGUUUGCUGUUGCGAUGAAGAGCUUGCUAGCCCGGGCGCUCGGUGCAGUGAGCGUUGUGUUGAAGCUAUCGUGCAAAGCGAAGCUAAAACAGCAGCGGCCAGCGAAAAGCGAACAGGCAGACAAAAUGGAUGUGGAUGAGCGGAAGGAUGAGCUAGAGGAGGAGGAAAUGGACGUGUCUGAGAAUGGCGAUGGCAACGAAGAGGAGGAGGAGCUUUGGAUUCUGCGCUCGUGGUCGGAACUGAUCUACGAGAAGGUACUGUCUGUGAUAUAUUUGGCCUCCGUCGGGGAUACGGUGCUGUACAAUACGGAGCAGCUUGAAUCCGUCGUUGAAUGUUUAAUACUCGCAGUCCAGGAGAAGCUAUCGCUUCUGCUAAGGAACGUACCACAGGAUAUCGUGCAGGAAAUCAAACGGAAACUGUUUACCCUGUCCAACGAGCACGGUAUGCUCUGGGCCAAAUGUUUGAAUGCGCUGCUAGUGAUCGAUCAGUAUGCGGAUGAGGAAAACGGGCCCGUUCUGUUGUACGAGGACGCUUCGACGGUAGCAAACAACAGCGAGGAUCUCGUGGCCUAUAUUAACAUAGUGCAGUGUCUGGGUGCAAAGAUGAAACCGAAAUGUCUUCCCAUCGGACCCAACCUGUUUGAAAACUACUUUGACGUGCUGGUAAAGCUUGCCUCGGCCCGCUGCCUGAUAGAGAACCAUUUCUCCACCAACUACAACGAACUGAACGAUCGAAAAAUCAUCGGCAACUGCCUAAUCGUGCUGCACGAGCUCAUCACCCGGCAGACGGCCAACAAAAUGUUGCUUUACAAUUGUGAUCUGGCACAAGCGGACGAAAACAAAAUCUUCCUCGACAUGGAGGUGGCCAACGUGCUGACGGUGGUGCUGCGCUACUUCCCCACCGAGCUGGACAUCUCCAAGUGGGACUUUAUUCGCAUUGCCCUCAGCUCGUGGACGCUUUCCGUCUCCAAAAGCUUUUCCCAAUACCAUACGCACAAUAUUUCCCUCUUUAUUGCGGCACUGUUUAGGCUGUUUAACGGAUUGAUGCAGUUCUUCAAUGCAGAGCGGCAGCGCAGCUCCACCGAACUGCUCACGAACGUGAUCGAGGAAUGGGACAACGUGUUCUCGAAGGACGUUAAUCUGGUGCUGUUGAAAGCAUUCGUCGGUAUUGUGAAUACGUUGGACCGCGGGCGCAAAUCGGAUGAAUAUUUCAUCGAAAGCAUCUGCCCGUAUGUGGAAGCGAUCGAUUUUAAUCACGUGCUGAAGGCAAACAAAGUAGAUUCAAAAACAUCCCUGGACGAUCUCAUCACCUUCUCGCUGACCAACAUUCGCCACCGGAACAAACGCGUACGGUACGCCGCUACCGCCAUGCUUAAAUCGCUCUCGAUCGGGCUGGUACAGCGUGACCAGGAGCAGCUGCUGAAGCGCUCCGAGUCCACCGAGCGGCAGCAGGAGAGUGGCGAAGAAGCGGACGAUAGCUGGCACCUGCUGGAGCGCUUUCGGCUGCCGCUGGACGAGUACCAGGAUUUGCUGCACGAGUUUGUGGCCGAUUUCCACUACAAACCGGCCGACCAGGAGACGGCUACGAGUGUCGCCGAGCAGGAAAAGCUGGCCGAAGCUAGAUCGCACUGUUUGUCCUACCUGCUGCUGUGGGACUGUAUUCUCGGUAUCUGUGCCAAAGCUCCGUCCGAGUUGCGAUCGAUCUACACUUCCUGGAUAUCGCGCAACGAGUUUGAGGAGCUGCUCCUGCCCGUACUCUUCAAGCUGAUGCCACCGGAAUUACUGCGCAAUCCGGACUCCUGUGCGGUUUAUGGACAAGCGAUGUUUGCCAGCUUAGAGUGGAACCAGAUUAAGAAUCCAAACACCAAGCUGGAACGUUACGCCUGCCAUCUGUACGCCCAAACGCUGCGCCAUCUGCCGGUAAUACUGCGCCGAUGGUUCAACGGGCUAAACCAUCGCUACUCCACGAUCGUGAGCAAGAUAACGGCCAACUCGGUGUCGGGCUUGCUGUGCCAGGAAGAGUUCCAGGCGCUGCUGGAACGCAAGGACCGACAGGACAACAUGCAGAUCAAGGUGCACUCGGCCCUGCGCCAGGUGAUGGCCGUGUACUCGAUCGACGAGGCAAAGGUGGAGCUGCACAUAACGCUGCCGAGCAACUUCCCGCUCGGUGCGGUCACGGUGGAGGGUGGCAAGCAGAUCGGCGGACGGUUGCAGUCGCGCCAGGUCGUGAUGCAGCUUUCCAUCUUUCUGACGCAUCAGAACGGAUCGAUUAACGAUGGUUUGUCGCUGUGGAAGCGUAAUUUGGAUCGUAAGUUUGAGGGCGUGGAAGAGUGCUACGUGUGCUACAGCGUUAUACACCAAGACACCUGCCAGCUGCCGAAGCUGUCCUGCAAAACCUGCAAGAAGAAGUUCCACGGACCGUGCUUGUACCGGUGGUUCAGCACGAGCAACAAAUCGACGUGCCCCAUUUGUCGACAUAUUUUCUAACAAGUGUCCCGGUUUUAAGCACUUACACGAAAAACAAAUUGAGACGCAUAGAUAGAUGGGUAUAUUGUUAAGCUAGGUAGAUUGUGCAGAAGGGAAAGAUGCCUUUAUUUAAGUUACAAUGAAGAGUAAAUCAGAGAAAACAAAUCGAACAAA